AAUGGCCACAGCCAGCGGCAUGUAGUUAAAUUGUUGGACUCAUACGCAUCGAAGUCUCCUGUUUUAAUUGAGCCGUUUUUACCGUUUCAUACGAGUUAAGAUUUUUUUUAAAAAGCCAGCGUUAGAGAGCUGUUGACCGGAGAUGGGAGUCCCAGCGUUUUUCCGCUGGCUUAGCCGCAAAUAUGCGUCCAUCAUCGUUCACUGUGUGGAGGAGAAGGGUAAAGAGUGCAAUGGAGUCCGCAUUCCUGUUGAUACCACCAAGCCUAAUCCCAACGAGGUGGAAUUUGACAAUUUAUACUUGGACAUGAAUGGGAUCAUUCAUCCUUGUACUCACCCAGAGGACAAACCCGCCCCCAAAAAUGAAGAUGAGAUGAUGGUGGCCAUUUUCGAGUACAUCGACCGUCUGUUCAACAUUGUACGGCCAAGGAGAGUCCUCUACAUGGCCAUCGAUGGAGUGGCUCCUCGGGCCAAAAUGAACCAGCAACGCUCUCGGCGUUUCCGUGCCUCCAAAGAAGGAGUUGAGCUUCAGGAGGAGAAGGCCCGGAUGAGGGAGGAGAUCAUCCAGAGAGGAGGUUACCUCCCCCCAGAGGAGAUUAAAGAGAGAUUUGACAGCAACUGCAUCACUCCAGGAACAGAGUUCAUGGACAAUCUGGCCCACUGUUUACGUUACUACGUUGCAGACAGACUCAGCAACGAUCCAGGAUGGAAGAAUGUCACCGUCUUCCUUUCUGAUGCAAGUGUUCCAGGUGAAGGAGAACACAAGAUCAUGGACUUCAUCAGGAGGCAGAGAGCUCAACCCAACCAUGAUCCCAACACUCACCACUGCCUGUGUGGAGCUGACGCUGACCUGAUCAUGCUCGGCCUGGCCACCCACGAGCCAAACUUCACCAUCAUCAGAGAGGAGUUUAAGCCCAACAAGCCACGCCCCUGUGCGCUCUGCGGACAGAUUGGUCAUGAAAUCAAAGACUGUGAGGGCGUGGCCAGAGAGAAACAGGGACAGCAUGAUGAGUUUGCAGACUCGAUGCCAGCCUCUGAACAGGAGUUCAUAUUCAUCAGGCUGUGUGUGCUGCGAGAGUACCUGGAGAGAGAGCUGACCAUGGCCAGUCUUCCGUUCCCCUUCGACUUUGAGCGCAGCGUAGACGACUGGGUCUUCAUGUGUUUCUUUGUUGGAAACGACUUCCUGCCUCAUCUGCCAUCCUUAGAAAUCAGAGAGGGAGCGAUCGAUCGCCUCGUCGGCAUCUACAAAGACGUCGUGCACAAAACUGGAGGGUACCUGACACAGAACGGCUACGUCAACCUGGAGCGGGUGGAGAUGAUCAUGCAGGCGGUGGGCGUCGCCGAGGACAACAUCUUCAAGAAACGCAAAGAGGAUGAAGAAAACUUUAAGAGGAGAAAUAAAGAGAAAAAGAAGAGGAUGAGGGCAGAACAGCAAGGCCCUGCCUACAUGACCACAGGCCAGUUUGCCCCUCACGCUCUGGGGAGAAGAGACCGACCAGACAUUGUCCAGAACGCCAGACACCAAGCCUUUGACAUGAGGAUGCAGUCCAACAGGGAUGCUGCUCAGUCCCUGAAAGCCACGAUGAGGAACGGAGGAAAUUCGUCUGCAGGUCCCAGCGACAGCACAGACGGCAGGGGGGUGAAGAGGAAAGCCGAGGACAGCGACAGCGAGCCAGAGCCCGAAGACAACGUCAGGUUAUGGGAGGAAGGUUGGAAGCAGAGAUACUAUAAGAACAAGUUUGACGUGGACGUGACCGAUGAAGACUUCAGGAAGAAGGUGGUGAAGUCGUACGUGGAGGGUCUCUGCUGGGUGCUGCGCUACUACUACCAGGGCUGUGCCUCCUGGAAGUGGUACUUCCCGUUUCACUACGCCCCGUUUGCCUCCGACUUCAAAGACAUCAAAGGGAUGUUCACCGAGUUCGAGAGGGAGACCAAACCGUUCAAGCCGCUGGAGCAGCUGAUGGGAGUGUUUCCUGCAGCCAGCGGUAACUUCCUGCCUCCAACGUGGCGAAACCUCAUGAGCAGUCCGGAGUCCUCCAUCAUCGACUUCUACCCAGAAGACUUUGCUAUUGAUCUCAACGGCAAGAAAUACGCCUGGCAAGGUGUGGCUUUGUUGCCUUUCGUGGAUGAACGUCGGCUGAGGGCAGCUCUGGCUGACGUCUACCCUGACCUCACACCUGAGGAAGUGAAAAGGAACAGUCUGGGAAGUGACGUGUUGUUCCUCGGAAAGUCUCACCCGCUCUUCGACUUCAUUCACGAACUCUACCGCACAGAAUCUGAAGAGGGCACUGAGAUCCCUGCAGAGCUGUGCCAUGGAAUCCAAGGUACAUUAAAUCUUGAUGACGACCCUAUUCUACCAGAUAAGAUAGUGGUAUCACCCAUCCCAAUGCUGCGGGACAUUUCACAGAACAGUGCCAUCGGAGUGAAGUUCAAGGAUCCACAGUAUGCAGAUGACUUUGUGUUCAAGGCGGCCCUCCUACCUGCAGCCAAGAUUCCCAAUAAGGUUUUGAAGCCAGGGGACUGGGAGAGAGGAAACAGGCAGCCAUGGAGACCCCAGCUGGGCUUCAAUCCAAACAGGCAGCAGGUUCACCUUGACCAGUCUGCCCAUAGGGCUCUGGGUCACAAUCUGAACAGAAACCAGCAUGGUGGACAGUACAGCAACACUCCGCCACCGAGCAGCUACCAACAAGGAAACUACCGUCAACAUGGUGGACAUCAGCAGUUCCAAAAUUCCAGGCAGAACAGUCUGCUGGGAGCGCCUCCCCCCUUCAUGCAGCCCCAGUAUCCAAGGCAGCAGCAGUACAGCGGUGGGGGCGGGGGUCACGGCUGGGAUCGAGUCCAGCAGUCGCAGCAGUCAGCGUACCAGCAGAAUCUGAGCCGCGGACGGGGAGGGGCGGGGCCCGGUGGUUACCAGCAGCGCUACGACCAGCGGAGAGACGACUGGCACGAUCGACGGGACAACCGGGGCCAACAUCACCAGAGCUUCAGCUCGGGCAGAGGUUACCCUCCCCCUCCUCCAUCCAGACGGUACAACUGGAACUAGAUGGAGAGGGAAGUCGGACUGAGGGAUCACUUCCAGGCCGGGCUGUGGACGGGACGGGGCGAGAUGGGGUGGGACGGCCUAUUUUUAGGGGAGACAUGUCACUUUUUUUCAUUUUAUUGUCUUCUUGUACAAUGAUGAUUUUCUUUCCUUUUUAUUUCACUUAAAAAAGUGUUAGUAUGUAACUUUGUGAUUUUUAAGCUGAUCAGCCUGAACUUGUGAAAUACAAGCGAGUCAAGGACAACGAGUCCUCGUGUUUAUUUCUGAGAGAAAUCUCUCCAAACGGGUCCAAGUGUUUAAAAAAACGACACAGAAAUAAAAUGUUUGCAUUGUU